GAGUAUAAAUAAAUCACAAAGUAUCUUUUGAAAAAGGUUAUAAUUAAUAAUAAAUUUUAUUUAUAAAAAUAUUUAUAUUAAUUGUCAAUAAAUGAAAUGGAAGUUAAGACCGAGGAUAUUGAUAACGAUUUAAUUUUGUAUGAAUUACUGGAGUACUUUGUUAAAAAACAAGACCCCGAAUUGGUCCGUUUUAAAAAUGAUAUCGAUAUUCUGUCCACAACGGGAACAAUUAAAAAUGCACUCCGUUACCUAAAUAAUAGAUACUCACUUCCAGAAAGUAUUUCACAACAAAUAAGUCUCACAUUACCAUGGAAAUUUGCCAGUGGUGAUAACGGAAGACUUAUUGCCAUUUUGCACGAUAAUAUUCUCGAAAUAAGAAGAUCUAAAGAUGAAUUUUCAUCAGUCAUUGGAAAAGCAACAGUUCCCAAAGAUGCGUUUCCGCAGUGGCGUAAAUUAAAGUGGAGUCCAGAUGGUUCAAUUCUGGUACUGGCUUCCAGCAAUGGCCAGUUGUCGUGUUACAAUUCACUUGGCAGCAAUAUUUUUAACAUAAACUCUAAAUCCGAAACUCAGAACCCCGAGGUACUGGAAGCCGGCGACGCGAUAUCGUCAAUGGUCUUCACCAAACCCCGAAUAUCUGCUGAAAAAUGGUCCUACGAAUUCCAAACUGUUACUUACAGUGGCCUACUCAAGGCCUACAACAUAUCAGUCCAUGGUUACGAGGCUACGUAUCAUUUUUCAUUUGGAAAUUUCUAUCGUAAAGGAGUCAAUGCCUUCACAUACGAUCACCAACACAAUAUUUAUAUACUUGCAGGGAAUAGUAUCAUCCACAAUUGUUUAUCUCCCGCAUCAAAUGUCGGUUUGACUUCCUGGAGGCCUAUAAAUGAUUACCCAUACUACAAAUUGUCUUUUACAUUUGAAGAAAACUGCAGCUCACAUACUCUGUCUCUCUGGAACUUGAUACCCAAGUUCCGGGCACCUGAAGAGCCAGUGAUUUUUCGUAUAAGCGUAUCACCGAGCUGCAAUUACGUGGCAUGUUUGCACACAGACGGUGUUGUUUCACUAUGGAAUUUACCAGGGUUCCAGUUGAAACACCAGUGGAAGCUCAACGAGCAGCCUAAUUAUGACGCGCGGAUGCCAGGAUCUGUUUCCAAGUACAAAAAAUUACCCGCGGGCUACACAGAAUUUCACCCGAUGGACAUCGGGUGGUGGUCAGACCACGCGAUUAUUAUCGCGCGUUACUCAGGAGCAAUAUCAGUCUGUUCUAUCAGUGAUUUAAAAAAUCUUCUUGGUACGUGUCCUGAAUUUUUAUUCGGCCAGCCUCAGAUAGCGGAGUUCCUGCUGGGUAAAGGAUUUUUGUGUUUGGACUGCGAGACGAUAAUAACAACUAAGAAACGUUUGCAAGACUCUGGUUCAGAUUCCCAGGGUCAAGAAGCUUCGGACAGCGAAAAAGAAGAAGAUGAAUUGGAACCGCUGACUCUGAUGAGUUAUUUAACAAAUUUAUUGCGCAGUGCUCUGUACUCUAUUACGGACAUCGAGAGCUUGCAGCCGAAAAGAAAGAAGGCGAGAUUUCUGCAGAGAACUUACAGGAUACUGGGACUGAAAAGUACUACGCCGGAAGAACUUUACUCGAGGAAGAUUGACCUAGAGGAGUAUGAUGAAGCUUUGGCUUUAGCCAAGUCUUAUAACUUGGACACAGAUCUAGUUUACCAGACUCAGUGGCGUAAGUCAAAGUUUUCUAUGAAAGCUAUCAAAGAACACCUGAGCAAAGUACGCAAAAGAUCCUGGGUUUUGAACGAGUGCAUUAUGCGAGUCCCCGAGACUCUAGAAGCGGCACGAGAGCUUUUGAAUUUUGGAUUAAAAGGUACUAAUCUUGAUGCGUUUCUGGCUUUAGCAGAAGAGGAUGAUGGGAAAUUUUCUACUGCUGAGAAUGAUGAAGAUCCAGCUCAGCUUAAUGAUGUGGCGGUUAAUUUAAAGUACAUGCAGAAGGUAAACAAAAAACUUGAAGGAGUUGAUCUGUCGGCCUGCACGCAGCCUCAAAAAGAAUUACUGAACUACCGCAGAAGUCUUCUCAAUCACUUGGAUAAAUUAAAAACCUAUGAAAUAAUUAUUGGAACUCCUGAUAAAUAUAAGAAGGACUCGUAUGAGAAAUUUCGACAGUUAACUAUCUUAGAGAACGCAGUAAGAUUUGCCAGAGACUGUGAUCAUGCGACAGUAAGACUUCUCUUCACUUAUCACGGGCAGAAACUGAUGGCUCACUGGCUGCCAAUAAUCAGUUACUUUCCCGAGACAUUGAAUCCCAAUGAAUACAAAAAAUUACUUCCGGAAUGCGAUGAUCAGGGCCAAUUAUUCCUGCUCUAUCAAAAAGAAUUGCGUCCCAAAGAUUGGUCCGAGAAGCAUGAGUUUGAUCCCAUCGUUGUCAAUAACAACGACAAUGAAUCCCUCGUAAUUUAUGAAGACGAUCCCGCUCUAUCUGUUUACAAAACUACUGAGCUAACGAUGGAUUUAUUGCAAAAAUGGUACAAAGCCCGUGCUUAUGAUAUAGAACGCAACAGUUGCGUUGUUGAAAACGCUCUGGAACUCAUAAAAAUCGCACGUGCGCACAACAUCACCGGACUGGAAGAUUUUUUACUCCAGCUCGAAACUCUAGAUGAUUUAAUUUACAAAGUGCAAUUGGACAGUAUGUCGUUAGCGCAGUUUGAAAAACUAUCAGACUUGGAGAAGAUCAAACUGCUGAUGAGUACAGCGACUGAUAAAAAUUUUAUAUCGCAGUUAAAAAAUUACGUACUUCCUUUUAUUUACCGCAAGCAAAAAUACAUGGGCGGUGAUCUUGAUAAAAAAUUACUCAAGAAUUAUUUAAUCGACAUAAGUACUGAUGAUUUAUCAAUGACUUUGAUAUUUUUUAAUAAUUUAAAGAGUGAUGUUGAUAUUUUGAAUAUUGUUGAAGAUAUUAUCGAGCUCGCUGUCGAUUGUAUUUACGCAUGCGGUAAUAUAAAUAUGUAUAAGCUUGCUAAAGAAAUAUUUGAGACUCUACCUAAGCCACAGGCGAUUCAAGACGCACCGGGAGCUGCCAGUUUGAUGCAUGACCUGGAAAGCGAGAUAGAAUGUCUUAAAAUAUUAAAUAAAUAUGAUGUCCAGUGUACUGUUAGCUUUAUCCACGAUAAUAAAAACACCGUAAGUGAAGUGAAGAUGCUGCUGCAUCAAAUGAGCGGUAGUUUGAAUCAAGUUCUUUCACCAGCGAGUCAAGAAGCCUGGGCGGAAGUUUUGAAUGACAUGUUGGAGUUGCAAGAAUUUAUUUUUUCAUGUAUAGACAUCGAGGACUGCUUUGAAAUUUGUGUUGACGCAAAGCUCGCGUCUGGAAUAAAAACUAACAUACAAAAUUGUAAGUCGCUCAUUGAAACAAAGAAAAGUGAGCACUCGUUGCUGAAAGUCUCGUAUGAUAAGACAGUAGAUUUGGUUUUGAAAGCAAGCAGGGAAUAUUUUAACAGUUCAAAGAGUUUGCAUGACUCGAAUAUGGAAUUAGCGCGGGCUUGCAUCCAUUUGAUUGAAGAUGAAAACCCGCUGAUACAAGAAGAAUACGAUUUGAUAAAUUCGCUGCAGAUUCUUAAUGAAUUUAACAUCAAUAUCUUGCCGCUGCAGGUAAGACUUUGCCACGACAGAUUAAAAUUAAUUGAAAGCUGCUUGAAUAAUAAACGCGACGCUUAUAAAAGACAGCAGCGAUUGCUUACGCUCGCGACUUAUUUAAAUAUCGAAGGUAAAAACAAGCGAAAUCGUGAGGGUAAAAUACUGGAACUUAUCGCCGAAAAAGCUUAUCAAGCUAAAGAUUAUGAAAUCGCUACGUCUACAUGUCAGAAAUUAAUAGACAGUAGUUAUUUUCAUGCUUGGAAAAUAAUUCAAACUCUUGGAUGCGCUGAUGAUUUCAGUGAUUUUGAUUUCAAACAAAAAUGUUUGGCCUUCACGUUAACUUACGGCCCAAAUGAGAUCUUGGAAGAGACUCUGCGGCAGAUGCACCUUCUGGAGAUUCAAGUGCUGAAUAAAAAUCUUGAAGACUGGAAGUCAGUAAAUGUCUACAGUGAAAAUUAUGAGGGAGAAAAUGAUUUGAAUAUUGAUGCUGGUGAGGAUGAUGAUGACGAUGAUGAUUUCACUGACGCAAUGACAACUCCGCAAAUUGAAGUAAAAGAAUUUGUGCCGAAAAUACUGGAAACAUCAACGGGAUUGGUCAAGAGUUCUGCGCAACUAGUCAAGCAAUCGACUCUGGGUAUCUUGCAAAAUGUUGGAGCCCAGGGUUUCUGGAAGACUGCACUGAAUUUUAAUAGAACUAAAGACGAAGACAAUUAUUUAGCUGAGUCAAAUACUGAUAAUGAGGAUAAGAGAGAUGAAAUCCAAAGUUUUCCGGCUUUCUAUGCAUCAUUGUACGAUAAAUGUACACUCAGUCGCUGGGACACGAGGUAUGAACGUUACUCGAUGCCUGAUAUUGACAAUAGUAAAUUAAAAAUGUGUCAAACACUUUUACGUAUUACGACACUAAGUGAGACUGCUAGUUACGGAUUAGAAGUAAGUGACAUAAAUCACUUGUUUGUGCAAUUAGCCAGCCAUGUUAUGUCCGAUGAUUGGCAACUAGGCAUGGCGUACUUAUUAAGCUUUAAUGAUUCUAAUGAUGAUUUUAUUUCACACGCUCAAGAAGUAUUUAGAAGUUUGCCUCCCACUAAUUUGUAUAUUCAAACUGCUAUUUAUUUUUAUUCUUUGAAACUCUACUGUAGAAUAAACCCGGAUGCUAAUGAUUGUUUUACGUACGACCCGAUGGAGUUGAUGAAGAUGAUGGCUAACGAAGCACGAGAUGAAGCCGAUGACUUGAAAAUAGCUUUAGUUUACUGGUGUCAGCAAUUAACGCGGGAGAGUAGUCAAGUUGAUCAAGUACCUGAUGAAGUAGAAAAAAUACAAGUUCAUUCAGAGCAAUCUAAUGUUGACGUCAAACAACCGCGUGAUAAUGAAGAGGUAGAUAAUUGUGUUGUCAAUGUUUCUGAUAAGGAAUCAAUGAAUUUAUAUGAGAACGAAGCAUUCAAAAUGACACCUGCUGAUGAUGACGGAUGGGAUGACAAUUGGAGUGAUUUUUCGGACUCGGAUUUUAAAGAAAAAGCUGGCGGAAGUAAAGAGUCGGAUAAUUUAGAAUUCAAUUCAUCUGUUGAGCAGGCAGUCGAUAGUGAAAUUUUGUCACUGGAUACUUUUGAUGAGACACAGACUGAUACUGCUGAUGAUACAACGGAAGAGCAACGAUAUGCGGAGUUUGAAGAUUUGUACUCUCGGAUGCAGACCAAAGAAGACUACGUCGAAUUGAAAGAAAUUUUAUACUCAUGGCCGGUAUUUGCAGCUCCAGAAUUUAUUACUUCUGACAAACAUCCGACGUUGCGUAUGAUCGAGAGUGUCAGUUCAUUCGUGAGUAGUAAAAAUAAUUUAAACUACGAAGCUGCGAUUCUUGAAGAGUACAAGGAAUUGCUGAAGGACCGGCCGAUUGAUCCCGAAGUCUACGAAGCGUUCAUCAAAAAAUUCGAUGAAAAGUCCACCGUGGAAGACAAAAUUUAUUUGAGACUGUGUGCCAACGAUCCACGUCUUCAUCAAGAAGCAAUAGACAUUUUGAAAGACCAGAGCGAAGUGGAAUUGCCGCUGCCUAUUUUAGAUGAAAUAUUUUUUAAAAAUCUAACAUCGCUAUUGCCACCAACUCACCCGAUUCACAAUAAAAUACUUGAGGAAAUGUUUUCCAAUCAUACAAUACCGGAAAUAGAACCUCAUAUUAGAAUUCUAAUCGAUAGAUUGACUGAACAGAAACACGUUACGUAUGCAGUUGCUCUGUGGAACCGAUUGAAAGCUGUACCAUCGCCUACGUCUUUUUAAAUUAUUUAUAAAAAUAAAUUAUUUUAUUUCAAUUGUUAAUAGCCAAUUAUUUUUUUGAAAAUUUUAAUUAAAAAGUUUUUUUUUAAUUGUAAAUAUGCUGUAAAAAUAAAUAUAUUUAUACGAUUUAAUUUAAAACUAAUGUUUAUUUAUUAAUUAAAUUAAAUUUAAAAAGUAACUUAAUUACUAUAAAUAAUAAAACAUUUUUUAAAUUGUGGAAAUGAAAUUUAUUUUGAUUUAAACAUAUGACGAUGAACGAAAAAUUACCAGCGGAAUAGUCCACAAUUUGAGUUGUUAUUACAUUUAAAAUUUAACAUAUAAAAAAAAUUAUUAAUUACUUUUUUUGGUGCUUACAUCAUGUCAGGAAUGAUAACUUAUUUGUAAGAGUAAUGCUACGACUUAUAUAUGAUACAUAUGUUAAUACAAUCACAUAAAACGUGAUCAAUAUUCUUUUUAUCAUUUUAGUUAAUGUUUUUUUUUUUU